AUGUUUGAAUACAAAAGCUUCUAUCUAUGGCUUUUCCAAGUUCUAGGCCUUUUGGGUCUCCUUGCACUCUUUCUUUGGCUAGGCUUACGACCCAAAAGCCCCACAUACACCAUCGUUGAGUUCUCUGUUCCAAGUUCAAAUAGCAGCAACGCAACUUCCUUGGUUGACCAAGGCAGCCAAGACGGAGCUGUCUUAUUCAACCUCGAAAUUGAUAAUCCAAACCAAGACUCGGGUAUUUACCAUGAAGAUAUUUUUAUGACGUUUUAUUAUGGGCAGGACACAGUGGGGCAGAAAACCGUACCUUCUUUCUAUCAAGGGAAGGACGAAACCCGCCAAAUAGUUGAUCGUAUAGAUGGAAAUGGACAGGUAUGGAAAACUCUUAUUGCUGCAAUUCGGAAUGCAACAGCUGAGAUGAAGGUUGGUUUAGUAACAAGCAUUAGAUAUCGAACAUUGGGUCAUAAGAGUAAGCACCAUCAGAUGAACUUGCAAGGUCUUAUAAAGAUUGGUUCAGAUGGGAAGAUUUUGGGUAAGAAGAAAAAAGUUAAGCUAACUCAUGCUUCAAAGAAAUGGAAACUAAGGGCCACCCGGUCCUAG